AGGCAGUCUGUCCACUAGUGCUACCGAACAGGAUGUCAUCCGCGAUUUAGACAGAAGAUUAUCAGUUUGGAUUAAUACGGACUUUUGAGCGACUGAGGCGUUUCAUGGAGAACACUACACGCGUUAAGGACAUUUCAUGCUUGUCGCCGUGUGAUAUUUUCGUGUUGUUUUACAUGUUUCCAUAGUCCAGGGUGUACCGUAGAGCGCCUCUGGAAUCGUGCAAUUUCUCUCCACUUCCCACUCGGGAUAUGCAUGACCCGCUUCGCCUCCGGUUGGAAUAAUGCCCUGUGAUCGCCGCACUGGUCCGGAGUUUACAACAUCACCUUGACUGCAGUCUGAGGAAUAUGGAAUAAUAGAAGAAUGCAUAAAGUCUGGGAAAUAUUUACAAUUCUUCAUGCAAAUUUGAUCAUCUUCUCUGCAGCUCAGCCCGCAACAUCAAAGCUUCAUGAUGGUUGGUGGGCAUACAAAGACGCUGUUCAAGGGAGCUUUGUUCCAGUGCCAUCCUUCUGGGGCCUGGUCAACUCGGCAUGGAACCUGUGUGCCAUUGGGAAGAGACAGUCUCCGGUGAACAUUGAGACCAGCCACAUGAUGUUCGAUCCCUUUCUGACGCCUCUACGCCUUAAUGCAGGCGGCCGGAAAAUCAGCGGAACCAUGUACAACACUGGGCGACACGUGUCCUUCCGGCCCGAUAAGUCCCACCUGGUGAACAUCUCGGGCGGGCCGCUGAGCUACGGCUACCGGCUGGAGGAGAUGCGCCUGCACUUCGGCAGCGAGGACAACCAGGGCUCCGAGCACCUGCUCAACGGCCAGGCAUUCCCUGGAGAGGUGCAGCUCAUUCAUUACAACCACGAUUUGUAUUUUAACUACAGCGAGGCUGCCAAGAGUCCAAAUGGAAUAGCAGUUGUGUCCAUGUUCCUGAAGAUAGCCGAUGCUUCAAAUUCAUUCCUAAAUCGCAUGCUUGUCAGAGAGACCAUUACACGAAUAACCUAUAAGCACGACGCGUUCCUGCUCAUGGGCCUGAACCUGAAGGAGCUGUACCCCGAGACGUCGCGCUUCAUCACGUAUGAGGGCUCCCUAACCAUCCCCCCGUGCCUUGAGACCGCCACCUGGAUAAUCAUGAACAAGCCGGUGUACAUUACCCGGCUGCAGAUGCAGUCUCUGAGGCUGCUCAGUCAGAACCAGCCGUCUGACAUUUUCCUGAGCAUGAGUGAUAACAUGCGUCCAGUGCAGGCCCUCAACCAGCGCUGUAUCCGCACCAACAUCAACUUCACGCAGCGCGGCCGCGACUGCCCCAACAAUCGCCUCCAGAGGCCUCAAUACAGAGUGAAUGAAUGGCUUCUGAAAUAGCAGACAACACAAACAGCUGAGGACACACGCGUCGGCCCAGUGUUCCCCAGGGGACGGCGGUGGAGAGAGCUACCCGCGGACGAAGCCCUCAGACCGGACACAAAUCCAUCCUGCAGCUCACACCAGGAUCCACUCACUACAGAAUUCAAAGAGACUCAUUUUUCUAUUGUAUUUAAGUGUUUAUAUUAUGAUGAAAAUAUGUGUGUAAAAAAAAAUAAGAAGAAGAAGAAGAAAGAAAGGAAGAAAGAAAGAAGAAAAGAAAGAAGGAAUGAAAGAAAGAAGAAAACUUUUAAGAAAUGUUUUACAUGUUUUCAAAAAAUUACGUGGCUCAAUGGUUAUGUCAAAGUCAACCGAGAAUUUGUGUACGCCAUCAAAGCUCAAUGCCUGGUUAAACGAGGGGAAACAUGGGAUGCCACAAAGCCUGCAGUUUCAAGCCGUCUGAUUAUUUGGAAUUUCAUAAUAUUCCAGGAAACCAUUGUGGGUCUUUGCCUUCUACAGAGCACAAUCUCGUUUAACCUAGAUGUUUCUUUUUGGUAAGCUUCAAGUCAAAUGUCAAGUGUGUUGUACAUAUUUACAUUGUCACUGUUAAGUUUUUUGAGAUAUUCAAUAUAAUUACAGCUGAUUCUCCACAAAAGCUGUACAAGAA